GUAACUAAUCAUGGCGGCCGAACGGAGUCUAAGCCAUCUCGAUAGUUACUUCUUUUAAAUGGUGCUUCAAAUAAGGAACGGUUUGUUAGAUUUGGGUUUUUUGUAGUGUUUGUUUAUUCAUCCAUGUAAUGCAAGAGAAAACCUACCUGAAAGUCGUCCUCUUGGGCAAAGUUAACAGCGGCAAGACUUGCUUGGUAACGCGCUACAUAACAAGAGCUUUUAGCGAAGAAACUCCCUCGACCAUUGGAGCAGCAUUUUGCAGAAAAGAUUUGUACAUCCAAGGAAGAAAUCUUUCCUUAGCAAUAUGGGAUACAGCUGGUGCAGAGCGUUAUCAAGCAAUGAGUGCCAUGUAUUAUAGAAGUGCAAGAGCAGCCAUUAUAUGUUAUGAUCUCACAGAUGAUGGGAGUUUUACAAAAGCUAAGUUUUGGGUGGAUCAACUGAAGGAUGCUGAACCAGAGUGUAGAAUAUAUCUCUGUGGAACUAAAUUAGACUUGAUAGAAGAAGCUGUAUCACCCAGAGAGGUUUUAACAAGGGCUGUUUCCAACUAUGGUAGAGAUAUUGGUGCAGAUGUCUUUGAAACAUCAAGUAAGAGAGGCACUAAUGUUGACAAAGUCUUUGAAAAAAUUGCAGAAGAUUUCAUGCGUUUAAACAAAGUACCUGGCCAAGGUAAAGGAGAUGUCACCCUAGAUAAUGGCUCAAGGAAAAAGAUAAGCUGUUGCCAAUGACAGCAUCUAAAGUAUGAUUUGAAAUAUGCAUCUAUAUACACUGUGUCAGGUCAUGUGAUCCUGUAUCUGUCAAUCAAAGAGUGAAAAAAGAAACUCCAUUUAUGAAAAGACAUGUUCUGCCGAUUGUGGAAUUCAAGUUAGAAUUUUGCAUGGUGAAUAUUUUAGAUGGGUUUGCGCAAGAAUUCUUGGUGGGAUUAUAAAGCUAAGGCAAAAAUACAUCCAUAUCUUUAUGAGUAGAAAAACAUUUUUUCUUGAAUUUGAAGCAAAUACCUGCUUGCUUCAUUUUAGCACAGCUGACAGAUUUUUAAUUUUCAAAAUUUCUAGGUAUAAUUUAGGACAUUUUUUAACAUCUCUAAAAACUUUCAGGAACAUAACAGUGAGAUGAUAUUUGAUUGGCUGUUACAGUGUCAAUUAUUAAGAAAGAAUGUGUUUCAUUUUAGUUUGAGUGACUGAAGUCUAACAAUAAUGCCCAUCAAUAUUAAUGAUUUACGUUAUUACUGUUUCCUAAAUAGUGAUUUCCACUCUUUGACUUAGAAUCUGCCAUAUUGCCUGCUGUGAAUGUGCAAAGAUUUCAAUUGAAUGUGCAUCCAGCUCCAGAAAUAAAUCUCUAAUUACUGACAAAAUAUUUACGAACUGAUAUCCAUCAUUGCAUUUACUAAAACUACUCAUUGUUUUUCUAGAAUUACAUAUUACUGUUGAAAUUCAAAAUGUUUAUCGAUUUGUCGAUAGAGACCAAGAGCCUGUCACUGACAGGCAAUAUAGUGCAGACUCUUUUUAGGGGCCAGAAUGACAUGUAAGGAAAAGUGAAAUAUACAGUGUUACGUAUUUAGAAAAGAUGGUAUUAUGACGUCCUUGAAACAUUUCAAUAAAAAUUUAUAUAUAGACACAUACAAGAUAUAUGCAACUUUUUUAAGCAGAAAACAUGCAUGAUGAAACAUGAUUAAUCGUAUUAUGAUUCCUAAAGAGAAAAGCGUUCGAAGAGAAACUAAUUUCUUUUUGCACUUAACUCCUUGAGCGAAAAGAAAUAGUCAAGUGUACUCAUUUCUAGAUAUGAUUAUCGCUUUCAUUUUGUGUUUUCUGUACAAAGUAUGCAUAGAUAAUAUAUGAUACUCAGGGAGACACACGUAAUAGAGGGUAGAGACAUUUGUCACAUUUCACGUCAUUGACAGUGAUCUGUUAGGAGUACUGGAUAAGAAGUGGAUGUGUAAACUAGGAAUAAUUGAAUUUCUGCAUCAUAUUGCUUAUAUGUCAUGUAAAUUUACAUGUAAUGAACUAUUUUUACUCUUUUUUAAAAGACACCUUUCUGUAAGGUAUAAACGUCCACUCCUGUUUCCACAAGGGUACCUACCUCCUUUUAGGGGUCAUUUUCACUCGCCAUUUUAUGACAAGCAUCUCUACCUUUAAAUGCAUUUAUGGCACAAUUCCCUCGCUAUAUGUUGUUUCUCAUAUUCACACUAAUAAAUUUUUUAGCUAUACUUUAGUUACAACAGGUAUCCCAGAAUUGAUACAAAAGAUUAUAUUGACAAAACUAGAUAUUUUAGCUCAUUUUAUCUUAGACAUUUGAUUUACUGUAGAUAGUUGUAAUCCUAACAAAACUAGACUAACGUUUUGUAGUUAUAAUGACCUGUAUUAUAUGAUUUGUAUGGAAUUAAAGAAUCGGUUUGCAAUACUGAA